AUGGCCUACGAUUACCGCAACCCCGACGCGCCUCACGAAGCUUACCUUGAGCCUUCAGACCAUCUGCCAUCCACUGCAUCCUACCCGGCCCCUCCACGCCGACGCACCUCGCGCUCGUCGUCGGCGGACGGCUCACAGAGCUCGCAGCAGGGCCAGCCCGUGUACGAGGCUGUCAACAGCGCCUUCGACAAGUCGAGUGCCGCGAGCCAGCUUGAUCCCGAUCUGGUAGCCCAGAUAACGGAAGAAGUGAGGAAGCAAGUCCUGGAUACGCUAAAGUCGUCGGGCCAGCUUCCCUCGCAGAGCAAGCCGCAGGCGAAGGACGAAUCUGCGACCGCGUCCUACCCACCGCGCGUAUACACGCCACCGUCUCCGACCAGGCACGACAGCAUCCACUCGACCGACAGCUCCAAUUCGCCUGAGCCACCUGUCCAAGACCCUUACUUUAAGUCUGAUGCUAGAGAGCGGGACGGUCCCCUACCGAAAUUCGGUGGUACCCGUACGACGUCAUCGGUUACGUCGGACCACGGUUCGCAGUAUGGUGCCGCGUCGCAGCACGGCAACACCAGCGCUAAUGCCCAAUACCCGCCGCGGCCCCCGGUCCAGCGACACUUCACGGACGUCGAGGAGACGGCCAUCGAGAAGACAUGGCGCCCGCUGUUCGAUGCAGAUGGACAGCCCACCCUGAGGCUGAGCCAGUUCUUACGGGGCCUUGCUCUCCACUUGAUGCAGGAUUACGAGCCAAAGGGGACCUUAGUUGUCACACCAGCGAAGAUGCGCAAGUUCUACGAGGAAACUCGGACCCAGGAUGAGAUCUAUCCCUGGAGCACGAUCUUUGGAACGCUGUCCAAUGCGGCAAUUUCGAAGAUGUACAGAGAUUUGCGUUGCCUCCACCACUUGGUCCAGGAGAAGGCCGACGAGGUCCCAAACACUCCCGCACUGACGCCCUUGGGCUUUGAUACUUGGAUGACGUUCAUGAUUCAGGGACACCCUGAGAUCGAAUUUGCACGUCUGGCCAAGGCUGUCAUGCACAUGCCCAUCAGCAAUGCCGAUGACAUCAAAGAGCGUUUCCCCAAGGAGCUUCCCCGGCGCCUGUUCCCGAAGUUCGAAAAUCUGCCCGCGCGCCAGCGGUGCGCUGCAGCCAUCUGUUCCAGCGGGAAGAUCACCAUCCGGACUCCCACUUUCCCUCCUCCGCCCCCGACACAACCUCCGAUGCAACCCCCUCCCUCGUCUUACCCGUCUUAUCCGGCAGAUACCAGGGAGACGGCGGCAGCAUCGGACUCCGACAAUGAGCCUGUUUCAAUCCCUAUUGAGCGCGAGCGCAAGCCGUACAUUGCACGCAACCAGCUCCGCUCCUGCAGGCGGGCUUACCAGCGAAAGCGCGCCUCCAGAAACUGGUGGACCAUCGCGGGUUCCUCGCACAUACUCGAAUACCUCCUCAAGCGCGAGCGGCACGAACGGCAUUUAUCGGACAAGCAGUCACUCAGAAUAUCCACCAAGUACCACGCAAACCAGACAAUACCGCACUGGCUCCCGCAUGAAUGGUUCAAGACGGCGCAGCCCAUCGUUCAGUACUCCCAGGAGCGACGGUUACGGUACUCGCUCGGAACCAGGCAAUGUUGGUGA